CGCCGCUGAUGUUCUCGGGCGCCUUGCUCUUUUUCAGGACGCUCCCGCGCGGCUAACGCCCGUUAAUCUGCCGUGUCCGUCGCUGGGCUGCGUCCUUGCCCGUCCGCGUCAGAGAGCCGGGCUGCCGUAGGCCUGUGACUGACAGCUGCUGCCGUAUUCGCCGUGACGCGCCGCUUCGUCGUGACGCCCCGCUCCGGAGCUCCGUCUCACGGGCCGCCGGUGUCCUCGAUGCCGCUCCGGGCUGCCGGUGCUCCCGCCGGCCGCUUCCCCGUGAGCGCGGGCGCGGGCGCCGACAGAGAGGCCGCGCGGGAGUGUUUCGCGCCGCUCCGCCGACAGUAACGCGCGCGCGGAUGGACGGAAGCCGCGCGUGAAGCAGCGGCGCGGAGGAUGAGGAGCGGCGGCGCGCGCACUGAUCGAUAGAUUAGAUUGAUGAUCUGAUCAGAAACUUUGCCGUUAGCCGCUGACAGCAGAAGAUGGGCUGCGCCUCCAGCAUCCACAUCUCCGACCGGGUGGUGUAUCACAGCGGGAAAGAGUCCGAGGAGCCGCCGCACACACACUCACACACACACACCUGCACACCGGAUACCGGAGACCGCAGCAGCGCCGGCGGACAGGGCUCGCUAACGGAGCUGCAGUUUGGACCAAUGAAGCUGAAUGAAGAUCAGCUGCAGGUGCUGCUGGUGUUUGCGCGUGAUGACGCUCAGAGCAGCAGCUUCAUCAGUGCGUGUGAGCGCUGUGGUUUCGGCUGCAGUGUGUGUCGAACACCAGAGGCGGCGCUGGAGUGUGUCCUGCAGAAGAGCCCCGACCUGAUCAUUAUUGACCACCGGCACCCCCGAGGGCUGGACGGAGAGGCGCUCUGCCGCUCAAUCCGGGCCGUCAGCUGCUCUCACAACACUGUGAUCGUGGCUGUAGUCAAAAGGCCGGAUCGUGAAGAAGCCACUGUGAUGCCGCUGAUAUCAGCAGGGUUCAACAGGAGAUUCGUGGAGAACUCCAGCAUGAUGUCCUGCUAUAAUGAGCUCCUGCAGCUUCACCAUGGAGAGAUCCGAGCACAGAUCAAACUCAGAGCCUGUAAUGCUUUGUUUACUGCGCUGGAACAGAGUCAGGAAGCUAUUGAGAUCAGCAGUGAAGAUCACAUCAUACAGUACGUCAAUCCAGCGUACGAGUGCAUGAUGGGAUACCAGUGCGGGGAGCUGCUGAAGGAGAACACUGAAGUGCCUAAGAGUGAGAGAAACAGACCAGACCUGCUGGACAACAUCAGCUCCUGCAUGCUGCGGGGGAAGGGAAGUUCUCAGAGGAGACACUCGUCUAUGGCCAGAAUACACUCCAUGACCAUAGAGGCGCCCAUCACUAAGGUGAUCAACAUCAUCAAUGCGGCGCAGGAGAGCAGUCCGCUGCCGGUGGCUGAGGCUCUGGAUCGGGUGCUGGAGAUCCUGCGCAGCUCUGAGCUCUACUCGCCUCAGCUCGCCACCAAGGAGGAGGACCCGCAUACUAAUGACCUGGUGGGCGGGCUGAUGACGGACGGCCUGCGCAGGUUAUCUGGGAACGAGUACAUCUUCACCACUAAACAGCUGCAUCACAUGACCAGUCACCAGACCACGCCCCUGUCCCUCAACGACAUCCCACAAUGCAUCGCUCAGACCAUGGAGAACGAGGACUCAUGGGACUUCGACAUAUUCAACCUGGAAUCAGCCACCUUGAAGAGGCCGCUGGCGUUCCUGGGCCUGAAGCUGUUCUCCCGGUUCGGUGUGUGUGAGUUUCUGGGCUGUGCGGAGGCGACGCUGCGCUCAUGGCUGCAGAACAUCGAGGCUAGUUACCAUGGCAGCAACCCAUACCACAACUCCACACACGCCGCAGACGUGCUGCACGCCACCGCCUACUUCCUGUGCAAGGAGCGCGUCAAGCAAAGUCUGGACCCCAUAGACGAGGUCGCGGCUCUGAUCGCUGCUGCUGUUCAUGACGUGGAUCAUCCCGGACGCACAAACUCCUUCCUGUGCAACGCAGGAAGUGAGCUGGCGGUGCUGUACAACGACACGGCGGUGCUGGAGAGUCACCACGCCGCGCUCGCCUUCCAGAUCACCACACGAGACGACAAGAGCAACAUCUUCAGGAACAUGGAGAGGAAUGAGUACCGCACGCUCCGUCAGGCCAUCAUUGAUAUGGUUCUGGCCACUGAGAUGACCAAACACUUCGAGCACGUCAACAAGUUCGUCAACAGCAUCAACAAACCACUGGCAGCGCUGGAGGAGAACGGGGGCUGUGCGUGUGUGUGUGUGUGUGUGUGUGUGUGUGUGUGCGCGCUGUGGCUGAUCUGGCGGUGGGACGUUACACUCAUGAUCAAUUACCUCUUCAACUGCUCAUCUCUAAUGUCAGGAGUGUGUUUAAAGUGUAAAGUAUUUCUACAGCUCUGUAGUGUGUGUGUGUGUGUGUGUGUGUGUGUGUGUGUGUGUGUACUGGCCUCCAUUUAAUAAAGCUAUUUUUACUGUACUGCAGAGCUGCCAUAAUAAAACACCAGACUACA